AUGCCGAGAUAUCGCAGGGCUCUACUUUCCGCUCUGCUGUCGAUUACUCUACCGGCAGCUAACGCAGCUAGCCCUUGUCCCGGCGGGCUCUAUGGACUGGUUGCAUCUGGUCUUGCCCAAUACAAACCAGCACAAACAUUUUGUUCCAGUAAAUAUCCUCUACCCGUCGUCACAAGCACAGUGACAGCGCCAAUAUCGACCAAAACCACUACUAUCGCAAUAGUGACCACGACAACGACUGUCGGUACUGGUACUUUCACUAUCACCGCACCUCCGGUAACUGAGACGAAUGUUCUUAUCGUUACGUCAACCAUCUCUAGCACGAGCACAGUGACUGGCGCGCUCCCGCCUCAACGAAAAAAGCGCGACGACGUCGAAGCCCGAACUGGACCGAAGAAUAAGCCAUCGACAACCACUAUAGACGCAAAGGCUGCAGCUUUCAGCAGUCUCGUCGCCCAAGCGACCUCUUUCGUACGAACGGUCUGUAGUUGUCUCCAGACAGCCAAGACAUCCACGGUAACUGCGACUCCUUCCACCGUUGUCAGCGUCACUGGCACAUCUACAUUGUCUGCUACACAGACAAAUUCAGUAACGACUACACCAACAAUAACCACAACUGUAACAAACACAGCUACUAUCACUACUCUUGUCGCGACAGUAACAGUGUUGCCUACGUAA